AUGGCAAAGUUGUUCUCGUAUUUCAUAAGCACGGCCGGCUGGCCCAAUGGCAAGGCGCUUGACUACGAAUCAAGAGAUUGCAGGUUCGAUCCCUGCGUCGGUCAAUUCUUUUUGUCGUUUUUACUUUCUUUUGAACGUCGUUCGAUCUUUCGAGAUGUUUUCUGCCAUCGGACAGAUGAAGAUAUGGUUGCGAAGCCGUCAGCUCCCGACAGUCACCAGGCGACUUUGUCCCUUAGCUUGACUCCGUUAGGUGCCUUGUCGUCACCGUCACCGUCGUAG